AUGGCACAACGACUACUCCGACUCCAUCGAACCCUAAAGCCACUCUCUUCCACACUGCCUCGCCCUUUCUCCACUCCUACCACAAUCGCAGCACCAGCCUCACGGACGCCCCCAAUCAUUUCUCAAUGGCGGGGAUUCACGGGAACGAGAGUGUCAAUGAUUUCGAUGACGGGUAGACCAGAGAAACAGUACAAGCUAUACAAGGAUGGAGACGAGAUUACUGAGGAUACAAUUCUGUUCGAAGGCUGCGAUUACAAUCACUGGCUCGUGACCGUUGAUUUCCCUAAAGAAGGACCCAAACCCACUGCCGAAGAAAUGGUCGCUACUUAUGAACGCAUAUGUGCCCAGGGACUCAAUAUUAGUAUCGAGGAGGCCAAAAAGAGAAUAUAUGCUUGUAGCACUACUACUUAUCAAGGGUUUCAGGUUUUGAUGACGGAACAAGAGUCCGAAAAGUUUAGAGACAUACCUGGGGUUGUUUUUAUAUUACCAGAUUCCUAUAUUGAUCCAGUAAACAAGGAAUAUGGAGGAGACAAAUAUGAAAACGGAGUAAUCACUCCGAGACCACCCCCAGUUCAGAUAAGGGGAGAAAGACGCCGUGAGCGGGGUAGAUUUCCACCUAGAUUUGACCAGCAAGGAGGUCCAAUUCCAAAUCAUCAAGGGCCGCCACCCCAGUACAGUCAGCAGGGGCAUAUGCAAGGAGGACCUAGAAACUAUGGGCCUCAGCAAAGUUACCCACCACAGCAAAAUCGUGGUACUCCAGGGCAUAUGCAAGGAGGUGCUGGUAAGGAUGGGCCUUGGCAAAAUUACCCACCACCGCAAAAUCAUGGUCCUCCAGGGCAUAUGCCAGGAGGUGCUAGUAACUAUGCGCCUCAGCAGAAUUACCCACCACAGCAAAAUUAUGGUCCUCAAGGAGGUGCUAGUAAAUAUGGGCCUCAACAAAAUUACCCACCAGAGCAAAAUCAUGGUCCUCCAGGGCCAUGGGGCAGUAUGCCGAUGAACAAUAGGGAUUAUGCCCCUGGAGGAAGGAACAUGUAUCCAGGACAGCAAGGAAAUCAUUACCCCCCAGGACAGCUAGGUUACAACCAAGGACAGCAGGGAAAUCAUUAUGCCCAUGCCCUAGACCAAACGAGCUUUCCACAAGGAGACCAGAGGGAUCAUGGGUCUCCUGGGCUAAGAGAUUAUAGGGGAGAUAACAGGAAUUAUUCUCCCACGCAUGGUGGAAACUAUGGGCUAGGUGGAAAUACUGCUAUGGACAAACUUCAACCAGGUGAAGGUCAGAGGUUUGCACAAAUGGAGCAGAGGGGCAUGCGAGGAGAGCAAGGGAACUAUGCACCAGUGGGACAACCACGUGAAAACUAUGGGGAAGGUGGAAAUACUAUUAUGGACAAACGUCACCCAUGUGAAGGUCCGAGGUCCGCACAAAUGGAGCAGAGGGAUAUGCAAGGAGAGCAAGGGAACUAUGCACCAGUGGGACAACCAGGGUGGUCAGACCAAGAAAGUUUUAUCAUCAAGAGUCUUGUAAUUGCUAUUCUUCAAUUACCAAUUGAUCUCUUGGGAAACUCUGCAUGCUUGAAAGUGAAGUGCACUGCUGAAAUCGAGGAUAUUGAGAAGACUGAUUGUUCUUUGAGAUGGAAGAGAGAAUGGACUCGUAAAUCACUUUCGUCUCUCAAUUUUCAAGCAUGA